AUGGCGGAGCCUGACGCUGAACCUCCCACGAUCAUCAAGCAACGCAAAUCCGUCGCAUUCAGUGAAGGAACAAGCAUCAUGGAUACCAACGGGGAAAUCACAGAGUCGACCCACGGUGUCGACAAGACCACAGCCGAGAAGCACUCUUCUGGGACACCUGACAAGGAAGUCGACGAGGUUACCGAGCUUUUCAAGGGACUUUCCAAGAAGAAGAAGACGAAGAAGCCCAAGGACACAGAUGCUGACGGUGACGACGCCGCCGCCGCCGCAGACGGCGAGUUCGACCCCACCGCUCUGAAAAAGAAGAAGAAGAAGUCGACCAAGAAGGCCGAUACGGGUGACUUCGAGGCCAAGCUCGCCGAGGCCGGUGUCGCCGAGGAGGCUGCCGAGGAGAAGGCUGAGGAGGUGGCCGAGGGUGACCCGGAGGCCGGCACGGGCAUCUGGGCUCACGACGCGACGCAAACCAUCCCUUACUCGAUGCUCGUCUCGCGCUUCUUCUCGCUCAUCCAGAGCCACCACCCGGACCUGCUCUCCAGCGGCACCAAGUCGUACAAGAUCCCGCCCCCGCAGUGUCUGCGUGAAGGUAACCGCCGUACCAUCUUCGCCAACAUCGCCGACAUCUGCAAGCGUAUGAAGCGGUCAGACGACCACGUCAUGCAGUUCCUGUUCGCCGAAUUGGGUACCAACGGCAGUGUGGACGGUAGCAGACGUCUCGUCAUCAAGGGUCGUUUCCAGCAGAAGCAGAUCGAGAACGUUCUCAGACGAUACAUCGUCGAGUAUGUUACUUGCAAAACCUGCCGCAGCCCCGACACCGAGCUCAACAAGGGUGAGAACCGUCUGUACUUCGUCACCUGCAACUCGUGCGGAUCCCGCCGUUCCGUCGCCGCGAUCAAGACUGGUUUCCGUGGACAGGUCGGCCGCAGAAAGAGGACGGGCUAA